AUGACGAACAGUAUUGUGAUUCUCUUGCUUUGUGCUCUUUUUUCAUCCACUUCCCAUGCUUCUACUCUGCAAAAUUUCUGCAAGGCUGACCUCAGCGGUCCAGACAGCCCUACUGGCUAUCACUGCCUGCCCUCUGAGAACGCAACAGCUAACGACUUUAAGUACAGCUUUGAUGGAAAACCAGGCAUUCCAGUCCCAUCCAACUGUGUACUAUACCCUGCAGGUGUUAACCAGAUUCCUAUUAUCAAUGGUGGUGGGCUUUCUGCAGGACUCGUAGAGAUAGCGGAAGGUGGAUUUCUUCCCCUGCAUAGACAUGGUGCCAAUGAAAUACUAAUGGUGAUGAAAGGUACAUUUAAUGUUGGACUAAUGGCACCUCGGAAAGCUUAUCCCAAUACACUCAGAGUCGGAGAGUUUGUAUAUUUUCCACGAGGAAUGUCGCAUUAUCUUAUCAAUUCUGGUCGUGGGAAAGCCGUUGCUUUUGCCGCUUAUAGUAGCCCCAGCCCUCCUUUCAAUUUUGAUCAUCUAGAGAAGUACGCCAGCGACGUCCCUAGCCCCAUCGUUUCCCGAGUUACCUUCCUUGAUGACCCUCAAGUCAGGAAGCUCAAGGCUCGUUUCAAUGGCACCGGCUAG